CGGGGAGGGCACUGCUCACAAGGGAGUCUGCAGGAUCGGGGGUGCGUCCCUCACUAGCCCAGCUCAUCCUGUGCAGACAUGCACCAGUGGCGGUCAGGCGUCCUUCGGGGCUGCGCCCCCACGCUCAGACUCUGAGUGCCUCUGGUUGCCUGGACUCAACAGCAUUGAGCCGCUGCGGGCUCCGGAUCCGGCAGCUAGCAGCCAACAUGCGCUGGGCCUGGGUGGCCGCCACAGUCCUUUUCUGGCCACAGCUCACGUUCCUCGGGGGCAACGGGGCCCGGCGGGAGCCCAAGAGGCCUCGGCAGUCCAGCCAGCGCCCCAUAGCCCCCAACGCCACCACACUGGGCAGCGAGGGGCUACUGGGCUUCCCUAAGCUGUCCGAGGCCUCAGGGCCUGAGUUUACAGAUGCCCAUGUGACGUGGCUGAACUUUGUCCGGCGCCCUGAUCAUGGGCCCUCAAAGAAGCGGUGCCGAGGCCAGGACAAGAAAUUGCGAGGCCUUUCUGGCCCCCCCGGCCACCCAGGUGUGGAGGCCCCCCAGGAGUCUGCACUGCGGGAGUUCCAGGACAUGCUGAAGGAGGCCACCGAGCAUCGGUCCUUGGGGCUGCUGGGCCCUGUGCUGCCUGAGGGGAUAGGCAGGCAGCUGGUGGCCGAGGCUUUCCACUGUCGACUGAGGGGCCCGCUGCUGGUGGACAAGAAGACACUGGUGGAACUGCAGGGCUUCCAGGCCCCUGCUGCCCAGGGUGCCUUCCUGCGGGGGUCUGGCCUGAGCCUGGCCUCCGGUCGGUUCACAGCCCCAGUGACCGCCAUCUUCCAGUUUUCCGCCAGCCUGCAUGUGGAUCCCAAGGAGCUGCAGGGCAGGGUCCGGCCAAGGGCCCGGGACACAGUGCGGGUGCUGGUCUGCAUUGAGUCCCUGUGCCAUCGCCACACGUCCCUGGAGGCCAUCUCCGGCCUGGAGAACAGUGGCAGCGUCUUCACGAUGCACGUGCAGGGGCUGUUGCAGUUGCAGGCUGGACAGUACACCUCCGUCUUCGUGGACAAUGGCUCUGGGGCAGCUCUCACUGUGCAGAGCACCUCCAGCUUCUCUGGCCUGCUCCUGGGCCCAUGAGGGAUGGACAAGUCCUCAAAGAAGUCACCCUGCCUCCCCCACCCCUCUGCCCGCUGGUAGACCUGUGAUCAUAGCAAUAAAUAAAGGUCCCCCAGCCCCCACCA